CGGUUCACCCCUCUCCUCGUCCCUUUCCGUUUCAAAAAUCAAACCCCCACCUCGAACCCUCUCCAAAGCCCGAGCUUUUCCCCUCCCUGCCUGCCGUUGCGGUGGCGAAUCCGGAGUGGAAGCAGCGAGCGCGGGGCGGUCGCGCGCCGUGAUCCUCCUCCUCCGCCGCCGCCGCCGCCGCGUCCCCUUCGUCGGGCCGCCAAUCCACCUCUCCCCGCAUCCCUCCUCGGCCCCAACCUUUUCCCAAUCUCCCUGUCGCUAAGCAAACCCUCAGUUAAACUCCCCCGACCGAAUCGGAGAUAUAUUAGCCUACAAAGCCCUCGCCACUCUGCGCCGAUCAGCACUCCGCCACUGCCCGGUGCCGCUAGCAGAGCGGAGCCAGAGCGGUCGCUGUACGCUAGUAGCCGGUGGGGCGGAGCGGCGGUAGCUAGGAGGCCAGCCAGCGACCAAGAUUCCCCCACUUCUUGGAUCGAUUGGUGGUUGCCUGCCUGGUCCAUACCCGCGGAUUCCUCCUCCGUUCUCGGCAAAUCCGCCCCCCUGCUCCUCUGAUACAGCGACAACACUGGUGGCGGUGUGGAGACAUCGGCCAAGAUUGCUCGGAGCCGCGCGGGGAGCAGCCGCGCGUGCCCGGCCUCGGAGCGCCCGCUCUGGCCCGUCUAUGGAAGCUGCCGCCCCGGCCCCACGCCCCGGCCUGGAACCGACAAGGCGCGCCGCUCCUGCCCUUCUGACCCUGCUGCUGCCCCCGGCGCCGGUCUGCUGCUUCGUUCUUGCUCCGGACCGGCGAGUUGCGGCGGGCCUGCUGUGAUGGGUCCGCGCCAGUAUGCUCGCUGGAUGGUGCUGCUCCUCUGCACCCUCCUCCUCGCGUUCCCCUCGCACGGCCAUCGACCCGCCGAAUCAUUCGUGGGCGCGUACGGGAUAAACUACGGGAGGAUCGCGAACAACAUCCCAUCUCCCGACAAGGUGGUGGCGCUCCUUCAAAGCUCCAAGAUACGGAACGUCAAGAUAUACGACGCGGACCACGGCGUGCUGGACGCGUUCCGAGGCACAGGCCUCAACCUCGUCGUCGCCGUCAACAACGGGCUGCUCAAGGACUUCGCGGCGAACGAGAGCGCGGCGCUGGACUGGCUGAACGGCAACGUGAAGCCGUACCUGCCCCAGACGCGCAUCGUCGGGAUCACGGUGGGGAACGAGGUGCUGGGGGGCGACCCGAGCCUGGCCGAGCCGCUCGUCGGGGCGAUCAAGAACGUGUACAGCGGUCUCAAGAAGCUGGGUCUGGAGGACAGGAUUGAGCUGUUUUCGCCGCACUCGGAGGCGGUUUUCGCCACCUCGUACCCGCCCUCGGCGUGCGUUUUCAAGGAGGACGUCAUGGUGUAUAUGAAGCCGCUGCUGGACUUCUUUCAGCGGAUCGGCUCGCCGUUCUAUGUCAAUGCGUAUCCCUUUCUGGCUUACAUCAGUGACCCGGACCACAUCGACAUUAACUACGCACUCUUUCAGCCCAACCCUGGGAUACUUGAUCCGAAUACGAGCCUGCACUAUGACAACAUGUUUGAUGCUCAGGUGGAUGCGGCUUAUGCUGCUCUGCAGGCUGCUGGCUAUAGAGACAUGGAAGUCCGGGUAGCGGAGACUGGCUGGGCUUCUAGUGGGGAUCAAAAUGAAGUAGGGGCAUCAGUUGAGAAUGCGAGGACUUACAAUUUCAACCUCCGGAAGAGGCUCUUUCUGAGGAAGGGAACUCCUCUCAAGCCGAAGACACCCGUCAAAGCAUACAUCUUUGCAUUGUUCAAUGAGAACUCCAAGCCUGGACCUGCUUCUGAGAAGCACUAUGGGCUCUUCAAUGCUGAUGGAAGGAUUUCGUAUGAUAUUGGUUACUCAGGUCUAUUACCUUCGUCUGCAUCCUCAUCCUUGUUGCCAAUGAAGAAAAUGCGUGCUGGGGAGUGGAUUGUACACUGUUCAGCUGCAGUUAUUCUAUCUAUCUUCUUCUUUUAGCCUUAGUGACUCAGUUAUAGAAUAGCACAUCUGUUAAGGGCAUAGUAAAAAUUAGAGGAGUUAGAAUGCUUGUACUGGGAAAUUUACACUGAAAAUUCAAAUAAUGGUCCCCUGUACACCAGUUUGUGUUCCCUUCACUUCCUUGUGGAAAGAACACUGUUCUGAAUUUUCACUGCAUAUAUAUUUAUUUUAGCUUUAGAAGGAA